UGGGUCAGAAGUCACGGCCAGACAAGAAAUGGGGUGUUCCAAGAAUCAGCCAUGGCAUCCCUGUACCCAUCUCUAGAAGACCUAAAAGUGGACCAGGCCAUUCAGGCCCAGGCCAGAGCCUCGCCCAAGAUGCCAGCCCUACCAGUCCAGGUGGCAGCCAUUUCCCCACCACCAGUUUUGUACCCAAACUUGGCAGAAUUGGAAAAUUAUAUGGGUCUUUCCCUCUCCAGCCCAGAAGUCCAGCAGAGCUUGCUUCAGAUUCCGGAGGGUGACAGUACAGCGGUCUCGGGCCCCGCGCCCGGCCAGAUGGUGGCACCGGUGUCCGGGUACAGCCUGGGCGUGCGGCGAGCAGAGAUCAAGCCCGGGGUGCGCGAGAUUCACCUGUGCAAGGACGAGCGCGGCAAGACCGGGCUGAGGCUGCGGACAGUCGACCAGGGGCUCUUUGUGCAGUUGGUCCAGGCCAACACCCCCGCAUCCCUUGUGGGACUGCGCUUUGGGGACCAGAUCCUGCAGAUUGACGGGCGUGACUGUGCUGGGUGGAGCUCGCGCAAAGCCCAUCGGGUAGUGAAGAAGGCAUCAACCGAGAAGAUUGUCAUGGUGGUUCGGGACAGGCCGUUCCAGCGGACUGUCACCAUGCACAAGGACAGCAUGGGCCAUGUCGGCUUCGUGAUCAAGAAGGGGAAGAUUGUCUCUCUGGUCAAAGGGAGUUCUGCGGCCCGCAACGGGCUCCUCACCAACCACUAUGUGUGUGAGGUGGAUGGGCAGAAUGUCAUCGGGCUGAAGGACAAAAAGAUCAUGGAGAUUCUGGCCACAGCUGGGAACGUUGUCACCCUGACCAUCAUCCCCACUGUGAUCUACGAGCACAUGGUCAAAAAGUUGUCUCCAGUCCUGCUCCGCCACACCAUGGACCACUCCAUUCCAGAUGCCUGAAGCCACUGGAGGGCAGGGCGGGCAGGGUGGGCCUCCCGCCCUCCUGCGGCAAAGGCAACCACCCUCGGAUGAUGGGUUGCAGCUGGCCUGCUGCUUAAGCUGGGAGCUGCCGUGAGGGGGGCAUGUCCGGGAGGGUGACCAUGGGAUGGCGUGGGUAUGUCGCUUAUACACACAGGCCUCCUUGGAGUCUCACACUUCAGGCUGGGCUGAGGCUCAGGCAGAGCCCACAGGCAGCCGAUUCUCUUGUGCCGAUUUAAAUGCUGAACAUGGAGGCAGGCUGUCUAAACACUUCUUAAAGUUGCAACUGGGCCCCUUUCAAGAAAUUUUGCUCCACCAGGAAAACAGUUAUACAUUUAAGAGAACAGAGCUACAUUCUUUGUGAGAGCUUUUUCCUUGCCUUGACUUGCUCUUUGUCACAGACUGCAUAAGUUAUCAGCCUUGACUCUUUUGAAUAAAGAUUUGAUUUUAAACAAAACUCAUCCGCAAAGGUAAUUGAUUCCCCCAAAACUAUCGAAAAUAAAAUAAAAAGGUAAUUGAAA